AAAGCCACAAAACAAAAGAGUGAGGCGAGAGAGAGAUAUACUCAUCCAUAUUUUUCUCACACCUGCACACACCACACACUAAAAAAAAAAUCGAAUUUUCUUUAAGAGUUUUUUCAUCUUCUUUCUUCCCCCCUUUCUGUAUCAUCCCGCUUCUUUGAUCCCUUUCUGUAAACCAUCUGUGUUUUUUCAAGAAGGUUUUCUGACUUUUGAGUUUGUGUUUUUGAACAAAGAAAUGGAGAAAAUGCAAGCUUUUAAUUAGACGAAAUAUUUUCUUAUAAUCCAGGUGUUUUCAGAAUCGAGAUCUGGUAUAAAUUAACUCAGUAUAGUUUCAGACUUGUUUUUAUCUUUCUUUCAAAAUCAGCUUUAGAGGGCUUAUUAGUUGUCCCUCAAAGGUUGAAUCUUUUUUUCUUUUGAAAAAAGAGGUUGUUAUUUGAAGACCUCUUUGAUAUCCUUUUUUACUGUUUAUAAUUUCAGCUGUAAUUAAAAUCACUCACCUGUUUUCUUUUAUUUGACAAGAAACAGGUUAACUUUUUUUGUGAACAGGUAUUUUUAGGUAAUGGCAGCAGCUAUGGAUUUUUGGAAUAGUACAUCUGUAGAUGUUCACUCAACAUCAGAACCUAUUAUUACUUCUGGUGGUGAAUUAAUGGAAGCACUUGAACCUUUUAUGAAGAGUGCUUCUUCUUCUUCUUCUUCUAGUUUCCCUCCUUCUAUUUCUACUCCUUUCCCUUCUGAUUUUCACUCUUUUCCUUCAUUUCCUCCUUCUCCUAUUCCUACCCCUACUUCUACCAUUUCAUAUCCUUGCACUUCUUUUUACCAAACAGCACCUCAACCUAUGGGCUCUGAUUCUUGUUCCACUUCCACGACUGAAAAUACCCAAAUCUUUUCAACUGGGUUUUCGGGUUAUGGAAUGGAGCAACCAGGCUCAAUCGGGUUGAAUCAAUUAACCCCAGCUCAGAUCCAACAAAUCCAAGCCCAAAUCAACUUCCAAACCCAACAACAACAACAGAUGAUGUUCCACCACCAUGCAUCUACCAUGAACUUGUUGGGCCCAAAGCCCGUUCAAAUGAAGCAAUCUGGCUCACCACCAAAGCCCACUAAGCUCUACAGAGGCGUUAGACAACGCCACUGGGGAAAGUGGGUAGCUGAGAUCCGAUUGCCCAAGAACCGGACCCGGCUUUGGCUUGGCACCUUUGACACUGCUGAAGAAGCUGCCUUGGCCUACGACAAGGCGGCGUAUAUGCUACGUGGCGACUUUGCUAGACUCAACUUUCCCCAUCUCCGCCACAACGGCUCACUUAUCGGCGGCGAAUUCGGAGAGUACAAUCCAUUGCAUUCCUCUGUUGAUGCUAAGUUAAAGGAGAUUUGCGAGAGCUUGGCGCAGGGGAAGAGCAUUGACUCUAAGAAGAAGAAGACGUCCAAAGGGUCUUCAGCGGCCGCGGUGGUGAAAAUGGAGGAAGAGGAGAGCAAGGUGGCCGAAGGCGGAUCCGAGAGUGACGGGUCGGGUUCAGGGUCAGGUGGAUCAUCGCCCGUAACUGACCUGACAUUUCCGGAGUUUACUGAGGAGGAGUCAACGUGGGACAUGUGUUCGGAGAAUAUGUUGUUGCAGAAGUAUCCAUCUCAUGAGAUUGAUUGGGCCUCUUUAUAAUAAAAUUAGAAAAAAAAAGUAAUUAGCAAUUAAGUUCAGGUCUAAGAGUCUAUGUAAUUUUGUUUUGUUUAUAGUUGUUGAUGGUGGUGUAUUUAGGAAAGGGACUGCAAUGGAGUUUUUGGCAAUUGCAGGGCUAAUCCUUGAAUUUAGUAGGGUAUCCUAUUGUAAUAAUGGGGUCCAUUUUGAGUCUUCAUCUUUUAGGUUAAAAUAAUCCUAACUGGUCAGCUGGUGUUUUUGUCUUGGCUAGGGCAGUGGAUUUGAUGCUUUGUCAUUUGUACUUUCUUUCUUUCUUUCUUUAGUGUCAAUAUUUCCUCUUUUAGCAGUAUAAUAAUUAGAGUCCUGUUAUUCAUA